GCUUCUGUUGAAAGGAAAUAUGGCUAGCAAGGGAAAGAGUUUCACAUUCAUGUGAGACUCCCACGCAAAAGUGGGAACCUAUAGCCAUUGACACAAGGCAAAGCUUUCAAAGCUAUUUCAAACCACUUGUGAGCUGAGAGAGUCAAGAGGCCUCACUUUUCCUUUUCCCCAGUUUCCCUUCGCUCCUAAAACAAGGAAAAAAGGUUUUUUUUUUUUUUUGGUUUAGGAGGGAAGGGACCUCAAUCAAUGGAGGAGAAAAUUCAGUUUGUAGUUUUUCAGCAUUGCUGGUUUUGCCUCUUCUUCUUCAUCGUCUACACUAUUACUUAUACUGUUCAAGCUUUUGAUUAUGCCGAUGCUCUGUCCAAAAGCCUUCUUUACUUUGAAGCACAGCGUUCCGGGAGGCUGCCGUACAACCAGCGGGUCUCUUGGCGGGACCAUUCUGGCCUCACCGACGGUCUUGAACAAGGGGUGGAUUUGGUGGGUGGGUAUUAUGACGCUGGUGAUCAUGUCAAGUUUGGGCUUCCAAUGGCGUUCACUGUCACUAUGCUCUCAUGGGGUGCUAUAGAGUACAGAGAACAGAUUGCAGAAGCCGGUGAAUUAGAACACACAAUGGAGGCAAUCAAAUGGGGCACUGAUUACUUCAUCAAAGCUCACACUAGCCCGAAUGUGUUAUGGGCAGAGGUGGGUGAUGGAGACACUGAUCACUAUUGCUGGCAACGUCCAGAGGACAUGACAACAUCACGGCAAGCUUACAAGGUGGAUGAACAAAAUCCAGGUUCAGAUCUGGCCGGAGAAACGGCAGCUGCCAUGGCUGCCGCCUCCAUAAUGUUCAGAGAAACAAACCCACAUUACUCCCACCUUCUUCUGCAUCAUGCCCAAGAGUUGUUUGAGUUUGCAGACAAGUAUAGGGGAAAGUAUGAUGAAAGUGUUGGAGUAGUGAAGAGUUACUAUGCGUCGGUGAGUGGAUACAUGGACGAGCUUUUGUGGGCAGCCAUGUGGCUUUACAAAGCCACCGACAAGAAGCAGUAUUUUGAGUACGUCAUUUCCAAUGGUCAUAGCUUCGGUGGCACUGGUUGGGCCAUCACUGAAUUCAGCUGGGACGUGAAAUAUGCUGGCCUUCAAGUCUUAGCAUCAAAGUUUCUGGUUGAAGAAAAACACAAGGCCUAUGCUGACACGCUUGAACAGUACAGAUCAAAAGCAGAGUUCUUCAUGUGUUCAUGUCUGAACAAGAACAAUGGCAGCAGCAACAACAACGUGGGCCUAACCCCAGCAGGAUUACUCUACAUUCGUCAAUGGAAUAACAUGCAAUACGUCUCAACAGCAUCAUUUCUUCUCACUAUAUACUCUGACUUCCUUCACAACACAAACCAGAGACUCACCUGCAACGGAGUAACCAUUAGCCCUGAAGAAAUUCUAGGUUUUGCCAAGUCACAGGUUGACUACAUUUUGGGUUCUAACCCCAUGAACAUGAGCUACUUAGUGGGUUAUGGGUCUAAUUACCCCAAAAGGGUUCAUCACAGAGGGGCAUCAAUGGUGUCCUACAGAGAGAAUAAAGGGUUCAUAGGGUGCACACAAGGGUAUGACCAUUGGUACAGUAAUGAAGAACCUAACCCUAAUGUUGUUGUUGGGGCUCUGGUUGGAGGGCCUGAUCUUGGAGACAAGUUUGAGGAUCGGAGGAAUAACUACAUGCAGACUGAGGCCUGCACAUAUAAUACUGCUCCUUUGGUUGCAGUUUUUGCCAAGUUACUGGACUUACAGAACCACAACUUGAUGGUUCCUGAGUCUGCUUCUCUUAUGGUUGCUUCCUUUUAAGUUAAUGAUAUGGUAAAUAGUGAUAUAGUAUUCAUGUUUCACAAGGCAAUUUUAACUUUCUAAGUUAUUAAAAAUAUAUAUUUUUUCCCUCCUCAUUGGUGAUUGAUUUCGUGGCAAACGCGGAAUAGGAAGUCCUGCUCACAUGUAUUCAUUAUUUAUUAGUGCCAUACAA